GCGGUAGAUCUAAAUAAAAGUAACAUAGUGCUCCCAUUUGAAUUUAUUAUUAAAAUUAAAAAAAGUGUGAUUUUUUUAAUUUUUUAUUUAAAUUAUAUAAGUUUAUUAUUCCAAUAACCUUCACAAGUGUUUGUGUAGCUUUACAUGCACUAGUUACAAUAUAUUCUGCAUUGUCCUGUUGGUUUCACACUCAAUCACACUGACAUAAGAAAAUGGCAAACUAUACAGAUAUUCUUGAGACACAACAUGCUCUUGAGGCCACUGUGCUUGACAAGAUAUCACGCUUCGAAGCACAAUUGAAGGCUGAAGUUCCACAAACCAGCAAUUCUAUGACGAAGCUUGAUGAGGAGUUCCAGGAGUUCAAGUCUCAUGUGCAUUCUGUACUUGGUUUGCUACAGCAACAGAUUGCAGCAGUCGCUGGAGUGCUUGAUAAUAUUGAGAUGAGACAUCGUAGGAAGUACCUUCUGUUCAAUGGGAUUCCUGAAGAUAUUAAUCCUACAUUAGAAGACUUCAUAGUUCAAAUCCUGAGAGACAGGUUCGAAUUCAAAGAAUUGAGCAAGAAGAUGAUUGCAGUCUGUCACCGGCUUGGUAAACCAGUUGAAGGCAAAUGUAGGCCGGUAUUACUACGAUUCACUGAGCCGACUCUAAAGUCUGAUGUCUGGAGAAAGAAGACAGCUCUCAAAGGUACCUCUUAUUCUAUGGCAGAGUUUCUCACACGCCACAGGCAGAGUCUGUUUAUGCUCGCACGUAAGCGCCUUGGCACCAGGAGAUGCUGGACUACUGACGGCAAUGUCAUAGUCAAGUUAUCGGAUGGCACUAUUCAGAGGGUUUUCACAAAUAAGGACUUGGAUCAUUUCGUCCCUGGUAACGCCGAGACCCCAGCCAUUGUGAGUCAGGCGUCACCUACAUCAGGCACCUCGGAGGCUCGUACAAAAUCCAAACGUAGCGGCAGAACAAAGAAAUAAUUUAACGAAGUACUUUUAUUUUAAUCACUUCAUUCUGUUUGUAACUAGGAACAUUUUACUCUAUAUUUUUUGUCUUUCAGUUUUGUUAUCUUGUUUGCCCAGCACCUAGGUUAAAAUCCUGUUAUUGUGUUGUCCAUAAGUACUCAUAACUAAUAUUAUGAUUACACCUCCCACUAAAUUAUCAAAAUAGAAAUUACUAAUUAUUAAAAAACCUCUUUAUUUACAAAUAUAUUGGAAUGCCACUUUACGUUGACAUAUUAUUGUAGCUGACAUUUAUUUGGUAAUUGUCAACUGUCAUAUAGACAGCAUGUGUACCAUAGAUAAGUUCUGAAAGUUAGAGAUCUUAGCAUUACCUAAUGUAGUUGUAUACAGUUGGCAUAUUAAUUUUGCUAAAUUUCUUGGCACUUUUAGAAAAUGACAACUGUUAUGGAGUUGUUUUUGGGGAGGGGGUUAUAAUCUAUUAAUCUGCAUAUGCAGUGAUUGUUUGUUGUAACACAAUAUUUAUUGAAGUAUUUUUAUUUAUAUCUUUAUGCCUAGUUAGUAUUUCUUAUGUGUGAUUAUUGUUAUCAAUACUUUUUUAUUUCUUUUUAGCCUGUAAUAUCUAGUUUAAUUUAUUCUCAAACCACACAACCGGCAGGACGUGCAGUUAA